AUGACAAUAACAACAGCAGAAACAACAAUAACAGCAACAACAGUAACAACAACUACUGCUACAACAACAGUAACGAUAAAAAUAAUAACAAUAAUAACGAUAACAAUAACAGUGAUAACAAUAACGGGAAAAAACCGUGAAAAGCUUGGGUUGAGGAACAGUUGGCGGAAAUCUCAGAUUGUGGAACAAUUCGCGAAGGAAGACAUAGGUUGCAGGACAAUUCGCGAAGGACGUGGGUUAGAGAACAGUUCGCGGAAAUCAUAG